AUGUCUUAUUUUCCUUUCCGUUUUCACUUUGGCCUUUUGCUCCUGGCGUUGUUUGUGGCGAGCCAGUCUUUGGCGAAGCAAGCAAACAGCGCCCAAGUAACUACAGUCCCCACAAAACAGUGCACCAACGUCUACAACAGUUUCUACGCGGGUCCAAACAAGAAGAUUGAGAAUAUCCUACAGGAAAUGAAGAAGCAACUUGGCGAACUUCAAGAAGAUAUGAAAAUUUUGAAAAAUAACAAAACUUCUUCCAAAGGUCCACGGAAUAAUAUUUCUAGAAUUCAAUUAACCAAUGCGUACAUAUUCAGUAAAUAACUCGUAUGUAAUUAUAUUAAUUUAACGAAUACUUCCUCUUUUUUUGCCCAACAGCCAAGGAAAACUGUGCUGAGUUGUACAAAUCGGGCGAGAAAAUCAGCGGCGUUUAUACAAUCGAUCCUGAUGGCGCAGGUGCCUUCGAUGUGUUUUGUGACCAAAAAACGGCCGGUGGGGGGUGGACAGUGUUCCAAAAGAGACUUGACGGCUCGGUUGAUUUCUACCGCGGUUGGGCUGACUACAAACGAGGUUUUGGUAACCUAAACGGUGAAUUUUGGCUUGGGUUGGACAAGAUUCACCGCUUGACCAAAACAAAAAGCAAGCUACGAGUUGACCUGGAGGACACUACGGGUAAAACUGCCUUCGCUGAAUACAACAUGUUUGGAGUUACGAGCGAGAAGGUUAAUUAUCAGCUUAGCUUGGGAACAUACUCAGGUACAGUAAAUAUAAAUGCACUUGCAUGGCUUUACAUGCUUUUCGAACUCCCCUUUAUUACCUCCCUAUCUAGUGUUCAGUCCCUAAUACGGCACUUGAUUUUCUUGCUCAUGCACUAAGUACAAGCCCGAUGGUUAAUUUUUCCCUGCUUGACAGAAAGCUUAUUUUUUUUUCUUUGGACCGUUAGAUCCCUCAAGUAAGUCUUUUAUUUUCUUUUUUUCUUCUCUUUUUUUUGGAAACAGCAGAUUAGCAUGACUUCACUUUUUAGAAAACGAGCUCUAUCAUUUUUCCCCAGGAACUUCAGGCGAUUCUCUUUCUGGUCAUCGUGGUUACCCAUUCUCGACUAAAGACCGAGAUAACGAUAGCUGGUCCAGCAACUGUGCUGUAACAUACAAAGGGGCCUGGUGGUAUACGGCCUGUCAUGCCUCUAACCUGAAUGGCCUCUACCAUCAUGGCAAGCACAAGUCAGGGGCCGAUGGUGUCAACUGGGGUGCAUGGAAAGGACACAACUACUCCGCAAAGACAGCUGAGAUGAAAAUAAGACCAGUUGACUUUUGAACCCUCUUCUGAUGUCUGUUAGUCCGUCAGCUGUAAAUGUUUAUCCAAUACUAAGAGCAUAAAGUACAUGGGAUAAAAUAAAGUCACGUUAAAACUCAGUACAAUUCUAUGAUCAGUAUUUUUUCACUUAGUUGGAUAUCAAGUUAUCGGCCGAAGGGGCAUCAAGGCCGGACAGGCCACACGGUUAAGCUAUUAUUCAUAACGCUGACUUUUUUCCUGCCGCAAAACUCACACGUCAUAAAGACACAUCACGGUUGUCCAAAUCCAUUUUAUUUCUCGCGUAACAUGUACAAAGUUGCCUUUGUGGGUGGAUGGAGCAUAAUUAAAAGCAACGCAGAGUUAUUUUAGGAAUAAGGAACAACAUUGACAACAAAAAUGGUAAGGCUUCCAAGAUUUCCAUUACUUCUGAGGUGAUAUGGGCCUCAAAGCCUUUCUGAUGUACACCAACCAAAAGCAACUAAUUGUCUCGGUGUGGAUUACAGUUUCCUGUUCGUUUUUUUUUUUCUUUAUGGUUUUUUUUUUCUUUUUUUAACUUUGAUGCAGAGAGGCACAGAACAUUUUUUAGUGGACAGCUGAAAUAUUGAAGUGUUUAUCGAUACAUUAAAUACAGCGAAAAUCUGGAACAGCUGUAUGUAAAUAUCUGAACGCAGCUGUUACCUUGAGUAAGACUGAAACACGUCAGCCCGUGUUUGAAGUUUGACCCUUUUCAGAAGCUUGUCAUGAAAUGUGACAUCAUCAACGAAAAUCUUUGUAAUAUUUUCAUUGAUUAUCAGCAUUAUCAGACAUAAACUCUCGAGAACUUUAUUGCCCCCAGACACCCCUGGCCCCUAACUGCGGAUCCAAUGUAGUUCAGGAAGUUUGUUCGAUUCCCUCAUAAUGUAAAAUGCUAUGCUUCACUAAGUAUUUUCACUUAGUACGUUUUCCACCAUGAGGUUCUUAGUCCGUUCACCACCCAGCCUGAUUUGUCCACCGCGAAAUCAGUUCCUCGGCCAUCCUUGGAGAUACAGCCAAAUAUGUCUCCUACCGAGGUAAGAAGAUUUGGUUAUCCUUACAUCAACGAAAUUUGGGUUCUGACAAAAUACCGCCAACCCUUCAUGUAAGCUGGGGUGAAAUUUCGCAUUUCAAGAAAUAGAAGGAGUGGAUCCUAAAAAAAGGAUCUUCACGGCUUUAAAUGAAAAAAUCGAACAAAAGAAGCAAGUCGGUAAUAUAUAUUUUUUGUCAACCAAUAUUUUGGAACGCAAGGCCUUCCUUCUUCAGGGUCUAACAUACAAUGAAUAGGUAAAGUUAUUAGACGUUACAAUUUGAAAUAAAGGAUAGCGUGCAAUUCCAUACGAUACUAUAAUAACAUGUUAAAAUUAAAUAAGGAAAAAGUGAAAGUUUAGGAAAACAAAAACUCGUUGAAGUCGUUAUAUGAAAGAAAUUGGAAAUGUAAAAAAGUAUAAAUAAAUGCAAAUCAUUUAAUCCUUCUUAUUCAUACCUAAAGGCUCAAGAGUUUAGCCUCUCUAGAUUGAGGUAUGUUUCUGUAGCUUUUCGCACACUGUCUCUAUUACCGACUUAAAUGAUGAGUUCUAGCAAGAGUUAUAAUGGUUCCAUUAUGGCUCUUGGUUCUAAUGGAAUAAGUGUGAUACCGUUAGUGGGGUGAUCAUAAGUAAGAAAAUGUUCUUAGACUGUGGUGAGUUGUACUUUGGGUUUUUAAAGACCAUUUCAACGAACACCGCAGACCAGUUGACAACCCAUCUAAUAUCUUCAAACCACCACAGUCUCAGAACAUUUCCUUACUAAUGAUCACUCCGCUAACGACAUCACAUGCACCCAUUUCUAUAGAAAUCAUUCAUAAAAAACAUUUGGUCAAAAAUAUAUAUGUAUAUAUAUAUUUAGUAUUGACCAAAUCAGUGGAUAGCAACUUUUGCGCGUUCUGAUUGGCUCCCGUAACUUGGAAUAUCCUUGGAUAUUCACUGUUUUGGGACUGAUUCAAAAUGGCUUCUCGUUUCGCGACAGUUACGGAAGAUAAAAUUUAGCGGUAAAUGAUUAAAGCAGCUGCACCAGCAAAUACCAAGAAAGAGACAAAAUUUGGCUGGUCGAUGUUUACUGGUCGAUAGAAAAAACAAAAUCAUAAAAAAUGAUCCCCCUAAACACUGUAAAUUGAAACGUAAACAAACUCUAACUAAGUCACGUCUUUUUUUUACAAAAAGUUCCUUUUCGAUUUUUAUCCAACUGAUUUGGUAAAUACUAAAACAACUAUAUCCCCCUCAGGGUCGGUUCAUAGCGCUAGAUAUAUAUCUCGACGCUUCGAGUCGAGGUAUAUAUACAGGGUGUUUCAAAAGUUCGUUCCGAUUUUUUCUUCCCUUAAAUUUCACUGAUUAUUAAAACUACCUUUUGUAAAACUAAGUAUGUUAUUAAUUAUUCAUUUAACAUUGAAUAAAUGAAAUAUAAGUAACCAAAAUGUCUUCCUUUAUGUUAUCUGACAUUUUAUAAGUGGCAUGGUGAGGUAUAGAAUGUAUGAGCUCCCAAAGCUUGUCUGAAGGCACAUUUUUCCAGGCAAAGCGUAGUCACUGUCUUAGCUAGCUAGCUCGUCCGGUGUUUUUGGGCUGGAUCGUUGUAUGUUGUCUCGUCAAAGAUAAUCCAGAUGGUCUCUAGGGGUUUCACAUCACCUGAGUUUGCCGGCCGGUUGUCUUUAGCCUGUUCCAGGCUCCGAGAUAGUCGGACCAGCGGAAUUGAGAAAGCGCGAACACGAAAAAAAAAGAGAGGAAACUUUUUCCUUUUUUCCGUCCCGCCACCAUUUUCGCGUCUUCCCCACUCAGGCCCGUAACCAGGAUUUUAUGUGAGGGGGUGCUAACGAAGCCGAAGUGGACCAAACUACCGAAAUGUACUUUUUUUUAUUGAUUAUCAAAAUGCGGACCUUUGGGUCCUGUUGGGGGGGGGGGGUGCGAACGCACCCCGUGCACCCCUCUGGUUACAGGCCUGCCACUAUCUGAGAGCCUGGAACAGGCUAGGUCGUCUUUUGCUAUAAAGUUUCCAGAUCCUUCUGGCACCGUGUCUGCAUGUGAGCCAACCUCAUUCCCAGGGUUCUAGGCCGGGUAGGAGAGAACCCUGGGAACGAGGUUGCAUGUGCGCCGCCUUUUUCUCUUCAACGCUUUCCAACCUUUGUUAGUCAUAUAUCUUCAUACCGUUGUGCUCGAAACUUUGAAAUUGUGAAGUUGAAUUUUUUUUUACCUUUCUGUGUUGUAGACUUGUUACGCAUAUACUUCCACCUUUUUCGAUAAUAUUUCUUACACAUUUAAACAAAAAAAAAACGGCCAUCCACUCCUUGGUUUGUCUUCUAAAGUCUUUACUUUUGACCACUUGUUCACUUAUAUCGUUCAGACUUGUUUAAUAGUUUAGCGAUUUCAGUGACUGAAUGGCCAGAAGACCGUAAAAAUAGAUGCCCUGAGCGUUAGCACAAACAGUGCAGGCCUUCAUUUUCGUGAAAGAGUACAGAAAAUAAAAGAAAACGGCCAAAACAGAAAAUGUACAAAAUGGGUAGGAAAAAUAUGGCGGGAAAAGACUCGCGAUCAUGCACAUUUGGAGCAAAACUUCAAAAAUAUUAUAAUUUCUUCAAAUUUUAGUUUGAAAUUGCUUCAAAAGGUUAUUAAGAUAAAUUUCAUACCUGAAUCAGUUUACAAUUGCCUAAAGAAGCAUUAAAUGCUUUUCGCAAAAUACGAACGAACUUUUGAAACACCCUGUAUAUCCACCACUAUUCACCUCCCCUUCGGGGAAAAGUUGUAUAAUAUCUUCCCGACUUUAAAAACAGGCUUGCUUCUUUUUUUCGCAUUUCAAGCACUUGCGCGUUUAAUUUUGGCGGUAAAUCUAUAUCGCAUAACCACUCGGACCUUUGGAGGGAAAAAUCAUCAACAGAGCUGAGUCUUCUUUCCAACUAAAUUUUAAUGUCUACACUGACGUGGAAAAUAGAGAAAGAGCUUGAGAGAGAGAGAUAAAAAGAAAGGAGACAAAUUUCGAUGAAAGAAAAACAUGAGAAAGUGAGACUGAAUGCUAGCAGCCACCACAGUGAAAAUGAGCGGCAGUUUAAAAAAAUUCAUUAUAGCGAACAGAAACAUAUACAGCAUUUCCUCCAGAAUUCGUGUAACUAGGAAGUUUCACGUUUUAGUCGAAACGUAUGCGGUUUUAAGCAUUUUGAUGAGAACUGAUCACUAUCUUCGCGUUAACGAGCAAGUUAGUUUUGCAUUUUUAUUCUAAUCAACAAAUUGUUUCAAAUAGAUUUAAUUCAUGAAAUAAAAUAGUCGAGAGAAAAAACGUUUCGACUUUUUUAACGGUCAAGAUAGCCAUUUUCGAGCUCGGGGGGAAUGCAAAAUCCUGUAAAGUCACAAGCUCAGCAAACCAGAGCAUCGGUAUUGUAACGUAGCGUUUGAAAUAUAAGGGUUUGUAUGGGAUUAAAAACGGUUGUCUCUGUAACCUACUAAUUUAAUAUCAUCGAUUGAAAUAAAAAUCGGCGGCUAACUAGACUUAGUUGAGUUGUGUUUCUUCUUUCACAUGAGGUCCUCGAGUCGAAUUAUCAAUAGACCAUAAGCAAACCGGUCACAAUAAAACUCACGCAGGUUAACAAUAAAAACCGGCUUGAAGACUAGGGGGUAGUCCCUAUAAUGGCCUAUACGGGGAGGCUCCGCCCGUAAGGGGUACCUUUUUAUGGCUUCAGGUGUAUCAAAGGGUAGGGAUUUUACAUCGUUGAAGUAUAUGAAAGAGUAGCGAAAUCUGUCAUUUGAGUCUGUAAAAGGGCCCGAAAGGACUAACAGAUGAAUUUUAUGGCUAUGAAAGAGUCUAGUUUUGUGAUUAAUCAUAACUAUAACAAAAUUGUCAAAUCUGAUUGGCUAUUAACUGCCCUGAUUUCAGACUUAAUUGGACAGUUUAAUAGGACAGUACGCGUCAUGCCUAAGUAAUUGGACAGUACGCGCCAUCACGCGCGCGCUUAAAUGGCUUUUUUUUUCACUGCUAGCAAAACAAAAUUUCGAAUUUCUUGUGUUUUGAUUUAAAAAAUAGCCUAUUAUAUCACAAAUUUUGUUAAAGUUAUGAUUAAUUGGUAACAGAACUUCGUGUCGUCCAAUUCGGUCUGUAAUCAUACUCGUGAUUAAACGAAUCGGACUCCCGCUACGCGGUCGUCCGAUUUUGUUAAUCACUCGUAUGAUUACAGACCGAAUUGGACUCCACUCAGUCCUGUUACCACUACUAAUCCGUCUUUAAAAGUGCUUAAAUAGGUAUAUGAAAGGGGUACCAGUGGUCAAUAGAAGGCAUGCGAAAGGGAUACCUUUUCUGACAAAAAUGGUAUAUAAAAGGGUAAGAGGUUGGACCUCCGGAAGAAGCCUACCCAUCAUGCAACUUUCUUUUCCCCCAGGGUUGAAGAUCACACAUGAAUUCGAACGUUACACAACGGUGCCGACGUAUAUGUUUCGAGCUUGGGCUACCAUGCGCAUCUUCCUCUUACAUUUUCAAAAGAUCAUAUCUUGAUAUUUUACAAUAAUUUUCAGAAUUUUGUAAGUUUCACUAGCGGUCCGACGGACAGUUUAACUUUUGAGAGGUGGGAGAGGUAUAGAUUAUUUUGAAAAACAAAAUCCUGUAAACAGAUAGAAGGAAAAAAAUCCUGCCACGAAUUAAUAGUCCUAAAUUUACACCAAAAGACUUAGGAACUAGGCUUAAACCUCAUUUACACGCGCUCAAAAAAUCGGCAACGGCACGCCAAAUUUUUGGCACCGUGCCUCGUUUACCCGUACCGAGACUACCUCCGCGAGGUAGUUUCGGCACCCCUAAAAUUUUUAGCACUGGUGCCACAUUACAUUUGGGACCGGCACGUUUACACGUCGAAAAUUGGGAGUGCCGUGCCUUAAAAUCGUCAGCACGGUGCCAUAAAUUUGGCGUGCCCUGCCGAUUUUUUUAGCGCGUGUAAAUGGGGUUUUAGAAAAGAAUUCGAGAUCACCAAAACUAAAUCCCCCAGCGUCAGCCCCCCUACCCCACCCCCUCCUAAAAAGUAAAUAAAGACGCUAAAGAUUUACAUAGAAACAAUGGAAUUAAUACUAAAAUGAACAAUGCUUAUUUAAGUGUUGAUGAAUGCACUAAAACAAAAGAAAAUGCUAAUGCACGGUUCUAAAACAUUUCACUCUCCUUGAACACUUGAAGCACAAGGACAGCAACAACCUUGUAGACUUAUUUGGGUGUUUGAAUGGUAUUCAUCAAAUAUUGACAGAACAGAAAUGAGUCACUUAAAGUGUGCCGUUGUUUAUUGACACGUGCAUAUGGUAAAAAAAACACACACACACAAAAGACAACUCAGGACACGAAAAAAUGUCAUGUAAGGCUCUAGGCCAUACAGACGAUUACAAGACAGAAGCCACAUCACUAGUCAGAUCACUUCGCGUAAGAGACGUUACACCUGAUCCUUCAUCAAUAAACCGUCGACGUGAAAGAAGAAGCCAAACAUCCUAUCUGAGUUGAAAUUUUCGCGAUGUCUUAUUUUCCUUUCCGUUUUCACUUUAGCCUUUUGCUCCUGGCGUUGUUUGUGGCGAGCCAGUCUUUGGCGAAGCAAGCAAAUAGCGCCCAAGUAACUACAGUCCCCACAAAACAGUGCACCAACGUCUACAACAGUUUCUACGCGGGUCCAAACAAGAAGAUUGAGAAUAUCCUACAGGAAAUGAAGAAGCAACUUGGCGAACUUCAGGAAGAUAUGAAAAUUUUGAAAAAUAACAAAACUUCUUCCAAAGGUCCACGAAAUAAUAUCUCUAGAAUCAAUUAACCAAUGCGUACACAUUCAGUAAAUAACUCGCAUGCAAUUAUAUCAAUUUAACGAAUACUUCCUCUUUUUUGCUCAACAGCCAAGAAAAACUGUGCUGAGUUGUACAAAUCGGGCGAGAAAAUCAGCGGCGUUUAUACAAUCGAUCCUGAUGGCACAGGUACCUUCGAUGUGUUUUGUGACCAAAAAACGGCCGGUGGGGGGUGGACAGUGUUCCAAAAGAGACUGGACGGCUCGGUUGAUUUCUAUCGCGGUUGGGCUGACUACAAACGAGGUUUUGGUAACCUAAACGGUGAAUUUUGGCUUGGGUUGGACAAGAUUCACCGCUUGACCAAAACAAAAAGCAAGCUACGAGUUGACCUGGAGGACACUACGGGUAAAACUGCCUACGCUGAAUACGACAUGUUUGCAGUUACAAGCGAGAAGGCUAGUUCCAAGCUUAGCUUGGGAACAUACUCAGGUACAGAGUAGAUGCACACUAUCACGGCUUUAUAUGCUUUAAUACUUUUAAUACUUCCCUAUCUCUAAUCAUUUUUCACUUAGCUCACUUUACGGCAAAUAUGAGAGAAUCUAACACGGGACUUGAUUAUUUUACUGACUGCGUAAAUCGGUUUUCCCAGUUUGACUCAAUAGUCGUUGCUUGAAACUGCUUAAACUGACAACGCAAACUUUCGCUAAUUUUCUUUUUUUUUCUUUGACCGUUAGAUUCAUCGAGUAAAUUGAUUUUCACUCAGUUUUUUCAGUAGAGUAGAGUAGAGUAGUUGAAAUCUUUAAUUCUUAAAAAAUUAUAAAAUGAGCUCUGUCAUUUUUCCCCAGGAACUGCAGGUGAUUCUCUUUCUGGUCAUCGUGGUUACCCAUUCACGACUAAAGACCGAGAUAACGACAGUGCAUCCGGCGGAAACUGUGCUGUAAGCAAUAAAGGAGCCUGGUGGUAUACGGCCUGUCAUGCCUCUAACCUGAAUGGCCUCUACCAUCAUGGCAAGUACAAGGUAAACACCGACGGUGUGAGCUGGUAUACAUGGAAAGGACACCACUACUCCGCAAAGACAGCUGAGAUGAAAAUAAGACCAGUUGACUUUUGAAACAUCUUCUGAAGUCUGUUAGUCCGACAGCUGUAAAUGUUUGACUUAUCCAGCAUGCAGAGCAUAAAGUGCAUGAGAUGAAAGAAAAUAAAAAU